CCAAAACUGCAACAAUCACCACCAUAUAUUUUUCUUCAUAUAAACUCACAUCCUUCUUAUCAAUCCUCAGUUUAUUUUUUAUUUUUAAAAAAGCAGCACUAUUUUGUUGUUGUUGCGAUCACCUCAUAUUUACAACAAUUUUCUCGUAUCAAUCUUCCAUUUCACUUCUUCAGGGAAAAAUAAGGAAUUGAAGAUCAUGCAAUAACCCUCAGGAAAGUCUUUUUUCUUUCUAAACACAUUCCAAUCAAGAAGAAAGGAUAAAAAUGGCAGCUUGCACAGUGUACACAAUCCAAUCCCUCCACCACUCAACAACGAGUUCGAUAAUCUCAUCCUCACCUUUGACAAGUCGAAGCAGCGGGAAAAGAACUUCCCGCUGUGGCGGCAGAAAGGCGAGCGGGAGGAUUCCGAUGAGCCCUUCGUGCUCAUCGUCCUCGGAGAACAGCAGCAGAACAGUGGUGAUAGGACUGGCGGCUGAUUCCGGGUGCGGGAAGAGCACCUUCAUGAGGCGUCUCACGAGCGUGUUCGGUGGCGGGGCGGAGCCUCCGAAAGGAGGAAACCCCGACUCGAACACGCUCAUCAGUGACACCACCACAGUGAUAUGCCUUGAUGACUACCAUUCUCUGGACAGGAAUGGGAGGAAGGAGAAAGGGGUCACUGCCCUCCACCCAAGGGCUAAUGACUUUGACCUUAUGUUUAGACAGGUCAAAGCUUUGAAAGAUGGGAUUGCUGUGGAUAAACCAAUCUAUAAUCAUGUCACUGGCCUUCUUGAUCCUCCUGAGCGCAUUCUUCCUCCAAAGAUCCUUGUCAUUGAAGGAUUGCAUCCUAUGUUUGACGCACGUGUGAGAGAGCUGUUGGACUUCAGUAUCUACUUAGAUAUCAGCAAUGAAGUCAAGUUUGCAUGGAAAAUUAAGAGGGAUAUGGCUGAAAGAGGACACAGCCUGGAAAGCAUCAAAGCCAGCAUACAAGCCAGGAAGCCCGAUUUUGAUGCCUACAUUGACCCGCAAAAACAAUAUGCAGAUGUGGUAAUAGAGGUGUUGCCAACACAGUUGAUUCCAGAUGACAAUGAGGGCAAUAUAUUGAGAGUGAGACUAAUAAUGAAAGAAGAGGUGAAGCAUUUCAGCUCUGUUUACCUCUUUGAUGAAGGCUCUACCAUCUCUUGGAUCCCUUGCGGUAGAAAGCUUACAUGUUCUUAUCCUGGCAUCAAGUUCUUCUAUGGGCCUGAUACUUACUUUGGUCAUGAGGUGUCGAUAUUGGAGAUGGAUGGGCAGUUUGAUAGACUAGAUGAACUCAUCUAUGUUGAAAGCCAUUUGAGCAACAUGUCCACCAAAUUCUAUGGAGAAGUAACUCAGCACAUGUUGAAGAAUGCCGACUUCCCGGGGAGCAAGAAUGGAACUGGAUUCUUCCAAACCAUUGUUGGGUUGAAGAUCAGAGACCUCUUUGAGCAGAUCACUGUUUCCAACAAGACUACACUUGCAGUUGAAGCAAGGGCAUGAUCAACAACAAAUGAAACAAAUUCACUGAUCUCUCUCUCACCAUGUAAUCUAUUAGAUUCAUCUUCUCAUCCUUUUUCCUCUUCCUCUUCCUCUUGAGCCGGUUAGAUGAUUUCCCGUUAAUGUGAAUCAACUCCCGU